CGCUCUCUAAAAUUCAAUUUAGGUUUGACAGUGGAGUUUCUUUUUCCAAUAUCUCAUACCUGCAUCAAUCAAUGUCUUUAAUGUACAAUGACAUCUUCUCUUCUCUGGUUUCUGACAUCAAAUCCUACAACGGCAAAGACCCUCUUCUCCCUUGGCUCCGAGGGAUAAAGAAAAUGAAAGAGUCACUUCCUCCGCAGCUGCUUAAGGAGAAACUCCCACGAUUUCUUCAGAAAUGUGCACAGACUUUUGAGACCGAUCGCCGCUAUACUAAUGAUAUGCGUUAUCUUCGAGUCUGGUUACAACUGAUAGACUACGUUCAUGACCCAAAAGGGGUACUUAAAACCAUGGAGUUGAAUCAAAUCGGGAUAAAAAAGUCUCUGUUUUACCAAGCAUAUGCUCUUCAUUAUGAAAAGGUUAAAAAGUUUGAGGCUGCAGAGAAGAUGUACCAUUUGGGCGUGCAGAAGCUUGCUGAACCAUUUGAUGAUUUACAUAAUUCAUAUGAGCAGUUCCUUCAUCGCAUGGAGCAGCGUAAGAAUAAGAGGAUACAGCGCCAGGAAGGGAAAAAUAAAAUAUAUUCUCUUGGUGCUAAAAAUAUCACUUUGACUAACAAUGAGAUUAAGGAAAAUAAUGAGAAUUUAAGUGGAAAUGAAAACAAUCCCGUCAUCGCCAGGGAUCAGUUACCCAAUGUACGAUCCAAGCAUUUAAAUAUGAAAAAUGAGGUUGCCAUUUCACAGGGCUCCAGGAGAGAGUCGCAAAUGAACGAAACUACUCAUGAUGGUCCAGCCCUUCAGAAGGAACUCAGGAGUGACCUCAGGCUAAAAAUUUGUGGUGGAGACACUGUAGAAGCAGAUAGAUGCCGAAAGUUUACUGGUGAAGACACAGUCGUAGCUAAAUUUGUAGGUAAUGCCGUUGUUGGGAAGUCUGAUGUCGAAGAUGCACGACAUCAUGGUCUGGUGGAACCUACCAUUAAUACAAAGGAGGCCAUACAUGCCAUUAAUAGCAUGUUUCGAGAGCCAUUAGAGCCAUCUCUUGCAGACAAACAUUCGCGUAGAAACCAGCCAAAAGUUGAUCAGAGAUCAAACAAUGGUUUUGAGGUAUUUCUUGACGAAAACACUGAUAGUGCUGCUGGAUCUUCUCACCAAGGCUUGGCAAAUGGUUCAUCAGUGCCACAAAGCAACAGAGUUGAGACUCAAAAGCCCAUGCAAGAGCCAUUUCAGAUAUAUACUGAUGGUGACGACACCAGUGAUGUGAGAGAGGGAGUUCAUCAGAUGGAUAAAUUGGAUACUGGUUGUACUAUUGGAGAUGGGAUCGUGAAAGGUUUUGUUUUUCCAAGUCCAACUGAUGUUACUUCAGAAUAUUCUAGAGAUCCAAUUGUUGAAAGGCCUCCUCAAGGAAGACUCCGUAGGGAGGACACGGUUGUAUAUAAAUUUGUUGGUUCCACCAUUUCAGAAGAUUCAGCGGUUGAAAAUGUUUGCCAUCAUGGCCUUGUAGAACCAACAAUUAACUUGAAGGAGGCUAUGGAUGAUAUUAAUAGCAUGUUCGGAAGGCCAAUUGAGUUUACAAGGAAAAGCAAGCCGAAGAAGCAGGGAUUAGCUCCUAAGAUGGAGCGAGAUGGCAGUAGGUUCAUGAUACUUCCAGAUGAUGAGCCACACCAUCAACCUAAGAGUUCCCCGCCAACUUUGUCUUCAAAAAUGGAUUAUGACUUGUUUGAGAAAACUAUGUGCACACAGGAGGCAAUGGAUGAAAUAAAUAAAAUGUUUGCAAUGCCAUUGGAUUUCUAAGAUGCUGUUUUCAAGAGGAGAGCCGACCAGUUUUACGCGGCAUGAAUGUAGAGGAUGGUCAAGAUAGGAAUGUCCCAUUUUGAAGCCAUCCAGCGGUGCAAAUAAGUAGCCAUUUUCAUCUGUUUUAAAUGCCUUGUAGAAGCUCGUUCUUUUCAUGUAAUUUUUGCAGAUAACACUAACUUUAGCUGCUGCAAUGGACUUAGCUCCUGACAGAGACCAUGAUCCGUAGUUAUCACAGCUCUGGCAGUAGACCAUGCCUUCAACCACCACUUGAGCAGUUUUCUCUACAGACUUGGCUGGCACGUUGUCAUAGGCGGUCAUCGGUGGAAAGGCUAAUGCAAGGAGCAACGAGGUGAUCAGGACAAGUUGGCUGCUUGCCAUUUCUUGGAAAAUGUUGAGCUUAUGUCAGUUUUGGAAUGUUAUUCUGCUUCGAGGUCAAGUUCAUCUGAGUUAGAUUCCUAUAUAUAGUUUUUGUCAAGAACGUGAAUGCUACUAAAUCAUGUUUGUUGAGUGCGUAUUGAUCAUCAAUAGUCUCCAGACGUGGUGACCAUCUUCAGCAGUUCAUAUUUUGUAUAAUAGUUUAUGAGCAUCAAUCUGUUGUGUCCACUAUAUUCUUCUACGUGCAAAUUACUUACCCUUC